AUGAACUUGAUCAGCUACACUCUACUCUUGGCGCUGCUGGGCUAUCCGAUUUCUGCGGUCGUUGUAAGACAAGACGAUGUACGGAUGGGAAGCAUCAGAGUUCAACCAAGGUCACUAGGUCACCCAGCACCAGUCCUGAAACCCGAAGAUAAAGGAGUCCUUUGCGAGCAAAAUCGAUUUUAUUCCCGAGAGCAUCUUUCAGGCGCGGCCGCGAAGGCUUUAGAAGAGAAAGAAUCCUGCAGAGCACGAAAUGUUUUCUGUAUGUUCCCCAUGGCUUUCGCCGCCUAUGAAUAUCCGACUCCGGUAUUACCCUCAAUCUACCCGGUCCUUAGUGAUGGGACCAUCUACGAAAAUAAUUCCUAUCUCCAGGGUAACCAUGAUCGCGUGGUUUUAACUGCGACUGGCCAAGUCUUGGGCGCGACUACCAGCAAGCCGCUUGAGGAUGGCACGGGAAAUUAUUAUGCGCCUUGCGCAGUUGUCGCCUAG